UUUUUCUAUAAUCCCUUAGUCUAGUGUUGUUUAGACUUUCAAUUCUGCUCCAAAAUCUCUGGAUUUUUGAAUCUACCGUUCAUUUUCUAGAGAUUUUGGUUUCUCUCAGUCUAAGAGUCGUCUUUUGAAAUCUUGAAUGAUGAAUCUGAGAGUUUCUAUGAAAUUUGAUGGAAUUUUGUGUGUUCAGUUGUUGAUUAGGGUUUGGGAUUCAAUAACUUUCAAAUUUGGUUUCGAUUAGGUUCGAUUUGGUUAUUUUUACCUGUGAAUUGAUCUCGAUUCGUUGUAUUAACGUCUCUUUGUGUUUUUUUAUUCUGUUUAUGCUAGCCUUUUGAGAUAUGGACAGCUUCUGGCAAUUAGGUGAUGAGCUACGAGGUCAGACGAGAGCAUCAGAGGAUCACAAAUGGUCUACUGUUGCAACGAAGCUAGCUGAGCAAACUAGAAUGAAAGGGGAGAGGAUGAACAAUCUUGAUCUCUCCAAAGGUUACACUGAGUUUAGACCAAGUGAGAAAUUCAGUUUCCAGGAGAACAAUCUUAACUUCAACAUGUUGAAUUUGGAUGGUAAAUUUGGUGAAAGCAUCAUGGGGAAGACUUCGAUGCAGAGCAAUGUUUAUAAUAUGAAUACUGUUUUCCAGAAGAAUGACUUUAAGAGUGGAGGCAACAUGAAAGUUAACAAGUAUAAUGGUAAUGUUGUUGCUAACAAGGAGAUGAGCAACAACAAACAUAACAACAACUGCAAUGAUAAUGGGAAUAUGAAUUUGGCUGUUGACAAGAGGUUUAAAACCUUGCCUGCUUCGGAGACUCUUCCGAGGAAUGAAGUUCUUGGUGGUUACAUCUUUGUUUGCAACAAUGAUACUAUGCAGGAGGAUAUGAAACGUCACCUCUUUGGUUUACCUCCAAGAUACAGAGACUCUGUUCGAGCUAUAACACCUGGAUUGCCUCUGUUUCUUUACAACUACACCACUCACCAGCUUCAUGGUAUCUUUGAGGCAACAACUUUUGGAGGUACUAAUAUUGAUGCUACUGCUUGGGAAGACAAAAAGUGCAAAGGAGAGUCAAGGUUUCCGGCUCAGGUAAGGAUCAGAGUGAGGAAAAUCUGCAAAGCCUUGGAAGAGGACUCCUUCAGGCCAGUACUUCACCACUAUGAUGGUCCAAAAUUCCGCCUUGAGCUCUCUGUUCCUGAGACAUUGGAUCUGCUAGAUCUUUGCGAACAAGCUGGUUCUGCAUAAGCCGAAACGAUCAACCUUGCAAUGCCACGUUGCAAAGAGGGGGAUGUUUUGUAUGAAAUCUAUCUAUAUAUGUAAGACCUACCGUAAGAGCGUAAGCUUUUGGGAUUUAGUUAAGAGUCGGAUUCAAAUGUAUGUUUACUAAGAAGGGAUGAGAGUAUGUGUGGUCUUAAGGCAAGCAAAAGAGCGAAGAGGCUCUGCCGAAUAAGCGACUACUCUUGUUCUGUGUCGUGUCUGAUGUGUGAGUGUGUGUCUGUGUUUGUGAGAGAUUCGAUACUCUUUGAAACAAAGAUUUAUGUAGAAGAAUAUAGAGAAAGAAAGACUACUAUAAACAGAGCCAAAAAAUGAUGUGAGCUACUGUUUGUGCUUGCUUGUGUAAGGAUAAAACAAAUUGUCCUAAAUGACAAGUUUAACUUUUAAGUACCGGAGUCAUUUUUUGACAGGUUCGUUAUGCUGCUAGUACCCUGAAAUUAUUCGUUUUCAAUUACCCAUUAUAUCG